GAAGACCACGACCACCAUCUUGUUUACUAUUUCGGCAGUUUUUUGUGUUAAAAUGUUCAUUGAUAAUCAUUAUUUUUAUGAAUUUGAGGAAAUUUGUGCUAAUUAUUUACAAGAUAUUUAUUACUAACAAUUUUUCCGUGGAGUUGUUUUAGAAUAAUACGUAAAAAUGAACAGAUUGGACGACCCACGAUAUGAUAUGAUCUAUUUGAACCCAGAAGAAGAUAUGGGUUCGAUAAGAUUCCAAAUUGAAACCAACUAUUGUGUCAUGCCGACCAAGCCACAAAAAACUGAGAUAACGCCGGAGGAUACUGUUAUAGCCUACUCAGCAGACCACGAGAUACAGGAAAUCGGAAGGAAUACAGGGUCGCCUUUUAGUGACACUGAAGAGAAUCAAGAAACUAGCGAGGAAGGUACACAGAGUGCUGAGGCUGGACUUAGCCACUCUGUGCUCGACACUUCUGCCGAGACGCCAUCAGAGGGACCACGCCUUGUCAGACAGCAAGAUGGCUUCUACUAUUGUCGCUACUGUAACAACUGUAGAACAACAAUCAAGAAAGAAAUAAUUCAUCAUGAGAGAAUACACGUGGGCAACUGUUUUGAGUGUCCUUUUGAGAACUGCGGUAAACGGUUCAGUCGUAAAGAACAUAUGAAACGACAUUUCAUGAGUAUACAUUCAAGUGUCAAGCCUUUUCAGUGUAAGGUUUGUAAGAAAACUUUCGGCCGUAAGGAUCAAAUGUCGUAUCACAUGAGAUGUCAUCGUCCGCAACGUUUCAAAUGCCGGUUCUGUGUACACACUUUCCUUGACAAACAAAGCUUGCAAACACAUGAGCAAUCAAUUCACAACAACAGGCCCAAAAUGAUCAAAAUUGAGGUGGAAAUCAAAAAGCAGGACCACCAGGUGGAGGUGGAGCUGGAUGGAGAUAGAAUUAUUGGUACAAGUUUGAAUGACAGUGAUAGGAUGAAUACAAGUUUGAGUGAUGGUGAUAAAUCGUUUAGUUGUCGGCAUUGUAGCUACAGUUCGUCGCACAGAAGUCUUGUGGAAAGUCAUGAGAGAUCUCACACCGGUGUAGGAACGAGGGAACAAGGUUUAGGAACGAUGGAAAGGGGUGUAGGAACUACGGAACAAGGUUUAGGAACGUAUCGAGGUGUAAGAACGAGGGCUCGAGGUUUAGGAAGAACGGAACAAGGUGUAGAAACGAGGGAACAAGGUGUAGGAACGUCAGAACAAGAUUUAGGAACGUAUCGAGGUGUAAGAACGACGGUACAAGGUUUAGAAGAACGGAACAAGUGUAGAAACGAGGGAACAAGUGUAGGAACGUCAGAACAAGAUUUAGGAACGUAUCGAGGUGUAAGAACGACGGUACAAGGUUUAGGAAGAACGGAACAAGGUGUAGAAACAAGGGAACAAGGUGUAGGAACGUCGGAACAAGGUUUAGGAUUGUAUCGAGGUGUAAGAACGACGGUACAAGGUUUAGGAAGAACGGAACAAUAUGUAAAAACAAGGGAACAAGGUGUAGGAACGAUCGAAAUGGAUGUAGGAACUAAGGAACAAGGUUUAGGAUUGUAUCGAGGUGUAAGAACGACGGUACAAGGUUUAGGAAUAACGGAACAAGGUGUAGGAACGAUUGAAAGCGGUGUAGGAACAAUGGAGCAAGGAUUAGGAACGUAUAGAGUUGUAAGAACGACGGUAAAAAGUUUGGGAAAAACGGAACACGGUGUAGGAACGAUAGGAACGAUGGAAAGCGGAGUAGGAACGAUGGAAAGCGGUGUAGGAACGAUGGAGCAAGGAUUAGGAACGUAUAGUGGUGUAAGAACGACGGUACAAGGUUUAGGAACAACGGAACACGGUGUAGGAACUAUGGAAAGCGGUGUAGGAACAAUCGAAAUGGAUGUAGGAACUAAGGAACAAGGUUUAAGAUCGUAUCGAGGUGUAAAAAUGUUGGUACAAUGUUAUUUAGAAACAACGGAACAAGGUGUAGAAUUUAUGGAAAGUGGUGUUGGAACUAUGGAGCAAGGAUUAGGAACGUAUAGAGGUGUAGGAGCGACGGAAGAAUGUAUAGGAACGAUGGAAAGCGCUGUAGGAACGAUGGAGCAAGUUUUAGGAACGUAUCGAAGUGUAGGAACGACGGAAGAAGAUGUAGGAACGAUGGAGCAAGGUUUAGGAACGUAUCGAAGUGUAGGAAUGACGGAAGAAGGUGUAGGAACGAUGGAAAGCGGUGUAGGAGAGAUGGAGCAAGGAUUAGGAACGUAUCAAAGUGUAGGAACGACGGAUUGUGAUGUGGGAACAGAUGCAGGUGUAGGAACGAUAGAUCAAUUUGUGGGAACGAAUUGUGGUAUGGGUGGUUACAAUAAGAACUCGGUUGAUGAUAAGUUGGUAGAAGGGUGCUACGUGAUGAGUCGGAAGUUGGAGAAUGUGGAUCUGGAGGAGGGAGGAGUAGGAGGAGGAGGGGAGAGGGCAGAAGAUAUGAAUGAAAUGGAUAUGAAUGAGUAUCUAGUGUUCGAUAAGCGAAAACCAGCUGCAGACGAACCAGAAGAGGACGGGCCACGUAUUUGUGAGUAUUGUGACAAACCGUUCAGACGGAGACUCACGUUGGUGAGGCAUAUGAGACACGUACACAUGGACGAGCCUCGCCAAGAGUGUGGUUUAUGUCAGAAGAAGUUUGCACGCCGAGACCACCUGAAGAACCAUCUGUUGUCACACUUGAAUAGGAUAGAGAGAGCGAAGCGAGGGAGCUGGAAAAAAGGCAGCCUCCACAUGGAACAGGAACUUUGCGAGAGUGAGAAGAAAAUCAGAGAUGAGAUAUCCAGGUUUCUAGAGAAGACCGACGUCAUUUCGAAUCUGAAACUGAGAGGCUUGAAGAAGGCGGAUGAUGAAGCUAAAGUAUGCAAAUCGAAAUUUGUGUGCAAGUUUUGUGACCUGUUCAGUUGCGAUGCGAGGAGUGAGUUGGAGGCGCAUAUUCAGAGUCAUACCGGUCCCAAACCGUUUCAGUGUCAGUAUUGUGAUAAGAGGUUUUCUCGGCUACAUCACUUGAAUAGGCAUGGCCGUCUUCACACUGGUGUCAAGCAGUUCGCGUGCAGCUUGUGUAGCCGCACGUUCUACCGGAAAGAUAAUCUCGACAAACAUGUCCUAGUACAUAGUGAUGAAAAGCCUUACCAGUGUACCGUUUGUGAGAAACGUUUCCGACGCAAGUUUCAGCUCACUGAUCAUGAGAAAGUGCACGUCAAGUCGUAGUUUUGGAUCUAUUGUGAGGUCCACGUUAAGCUGGGUUUUCGUUUGUGCGUAAAUGCCGUCGUCGACCACGAUAAGGUGAGGA